CCACAACAAUAGAGAGCAGGUAGAGCAGGUAGGCUUGACCGUAUACUGCCAAGAAUAAUCGGAAAAUGGCAGCCCAACUCACAGACGAACAGAUUGCUGAAUUCAAAGAGGCAUUCUCCCUGUUUGACAAGAAUGGGGAUGGGACCAUCACAACCAAGGAGUUGGGCACUGUGAUGAGGUCGCUUGGACUGAACCCUACAGAGGCUGAACUUGUGGAUAUGAUCAAAGAAGUGGAUGCUGAUGGUAAUGGGACAAUUGAUUUACCAGAGUUCUUGACCAUGAUGGCUAAGAAAAUGGAUGACUGACAAGAUUCAGCACCAAGUCCAGGCAAUAACUCUGUGAUGCAUGCAAUGCUGGUCAUUACAUCACACACUGUAUAUCAUAUCAUGUCAGUGGCUUGGUGAAGGCAGAUGAGGCAUGUUAUUUAACUGCCCUGUCUAGAACAUUCCAGGAUUCAGUGUGAAGUGAAGUGAAGUGAAGUGAAGUGAUAAGGGCUCUGAGUAACUCUGCAUUACACUAUACCCUACCUUUCAGAAGAAGUCACUGAGAAGUAGAUGGUCUCCUGUUUCAAUCUCUGUAAAGGUCUUCCCUCUACCAGGACCACAGCUUGAUUUUUCUUUAGACAUUCACUGAUAUGUCUCUGGCUUAAUCAUGACAUUUUUUUUUCUGCUGUGAAUUACUCAACUGGCCUCCAGUGUAGAAUACCAAAGGCCUGUGUGGGUAUAAAGAUAAUCGUGAGGUUCUCAGAUAUAAUCUUCCAUCAUCUUUCAUUUGGUGUGAGCAAUAUUAUGAACUAGAUAUGUAUAAGUCGAGUAGGGUAAGGUGAUGUUAUUAUUUUUUUAAGCCAUGUCCUUCAACAUGUUGAUCAGCAUUCUUGAGAUACACUUCGAGUCAGGCUGAUGGGUCAACAUUUUUCAGUUAUAGUUUGUUCAGUUUUAAAAUAUGCUGGGUUGUUAUGUAACUGAAACUUAACAAAAUCUCAUCAACUUCAUAACCAUCUUAAAAAUGAAGAACAUCCUCAACCUCACAUCAGGCGUUGUUCUGCUGGUAUCCAAGAAUCUGACCAUUCAUGUUAACAAAUCACUGAUAAAAAAGAAAAGAAAGAAUUUUAUUUUACUUUAAAAUAAGGAAAUAAAAUAUGUAACAUGGACUUUAAGUUUUUUUACUAAAGAAAGAAGAUAGAAUAAAAGAAAGUAAUAUGACA